AUCUUCACCAGAAUGGGCCAGUGUUUCAUCUUUAAUUCAGGAAUUGAUGGAGCUGAGCUCCUCAGUACUCCUAAAGGAGGUGCUGGCAAUGGACUGGAGAUCAUGUUGACAGUGCAGCAGGAUGAAUACCUGCCAGUGUGGAGGGACUCAGAACAAACUCCAUAUGAGGCAGGGAUUCGAGUGCAGAUUCAUAGUCAAGAUGAGCCGCCCAUCAUUGACCAGCUUGGCUUUGGGGUUGCUCCAGGCUACCAGACCUUUGUGUCCUGUCAAAAGCAGCAACUGUUGUUCCUGCCACAGCCCUGGGGUAACUGUAGCUCUGUGCUCCCGAGUCCUGACUUCGACAUGGGUCCUCCUGAUCUAAGCCCAUCCAGUCCCAGCCCAGGCCCUAGGUCAGUCUACAGCCUCUCAGGCUGUCGCCAGGUCUGUGAGACUCGAUUCUUGUCUCGGAAGUGUGGCUGCCGGAUGAUGUACAUGCCUGGUAAGGGGUCAUGA